CAUCCAGCGUUUGAAGUUUGGCGCGGUGGCUGAAGCGGGCUGUGGGCACCGACUGGUUACUGGCGGCGGCUCAGGUCCGGUUUGGGGACGGCGGAGUGGCUCUGGCCCGCCCGGCCAGUGGCUUACACCAUGGUGGAGGAUGAGCUGGCACACUUCGAUAAAAGCAUAAGCGAAUUUGGGAGUAAGUUCCGAAAUACUCUGAGUGACACUCCCUCUCAGACGGUGGGGCUGAGAGAUGCCUACAAGGACUCCAUUAAAGCGCUGUCAGAGAAGCUGUCUGUGAAAUUAAAAGAAGAAGAAAGAAUGGUUGAGAUGUUUCUGGAAUAUCAAAAUCAGAUCUGCAGGCAGAAUAAGAUCAUUCAGGAAAAAAAAGAGCAUCUCUUAAAGUUGGUUGCUGAAGUAAAAGGCAAAAAACAGGAGCUGGAAGUACUGACAACAAACAUCCAGGAUCUUAAGAAAGAAUAUUCUAGGAAAAAAGAAGCUAUAGCCACUGCUAACAAAGCUAAUGAAGAGCGGUUAAAAAGGCUGCAGACAUCAGCAGAUGUGUAUAAAGAUCGACUUGGACUAGAAAUUAGAAAAAUCUAUGGUGGCAAAUUGCAGUUUAUAUUCACUGGUAUUGACCCCAAGCAUCCUGAGACUCCAUUUAUGUUUUCCUUACAUCUGAAUGAAGCAAGAGACUAUGAAGUGUCAGAUAGUGCUCCUCAUCUUGAAUGCCUUGCAGAAUUGCAAGAGAAUGUGAGGAAGACCAACAAUUUUUCAGCUUUUCUUGCCAAUGUUCGGAAAGCUUUCACUGCUAUGGUUUAUAAUUAAUGUCUAAAUAUUAUAUAAAGAUGAUUGUUUCUCUUCUCU